GAAAUUUAUAGUCACAGGCGGCAAAUUUUCCCUCUCAGCCUGAUUUGUCAUCAUAUACUCAUACAACGGUCCGUUAAUUUUCUGUUGUUGCAGAAACUUGAAGUCUCCCAAUAAACAACUUAAAAGUAGUUUUUAUUGAAACCAAUAGUCUCGAUCAAGGUUCACUCCACCUUUCUUCUGCCAUCUCCCCUUCUUCUUCUUCUUCUACUACCCUUCUUCUGUUCCCAAUAUCCCUCUCUCUCUCUCCCCCACCCCCCCCAAAUUUUCAAUCUUUGGCCCUAAAGCUUCGACCUGUCUUGAAUCAACCAUGGAUCUGGCCCCGGAAGAACUUCAAUUUCUCUAAAUCCCAUUCUUCGAGAAUCGAUCUCCACCCCCAAACAGUCCCCCAAGACCAUCUACCUCAUAACCCUAACCCAAAUUUUCCCUCUCUCCUUCGCAAUCCUAGCCCGCUCUCUCUGAAGGUAGUGUUCAGUUGGAGGGUUUUUCCUUGGAGGUUUAGUAAUGGUGUAUUUGAUAUCAUCAAUCUGCAAUCUAGGGUUUCUUGACACACUUAGCGAAACCUCCUUCCCAUCCUCUGCACCGCCACUGAAACCCUCCUCAACGACGCCGGAGACCUCUCGGUGGGCCCGCAACUCGUAUCUCUCUCUCUCUCUGUGGACUGUGUACAGGUCAUUGAAGGAUCUUUUGGGUGAUGGGGAAGAUUGUGUGGGGACGUUUGUGCAAGUUACGGUUUUGGAGAUUUAUAAUGAGGAGAUUUAUGAUGUGUUGUCUAGUUAUGGUGGGUUUCGAUGGCCUAGAGGGAAUGGCUCCAAUUCUAAGCUAGUUUUUUUCUUCUACCAGAUCACUGAUUUGCCAUUUUCUCUCUACUCCACAUUUGUGGUUGAGGCACGUCAUAGUUUCAAUAAGCAAAUGAUAUGGUUAUUCUUCAGAGAUAUGUUGAAAGGAAUUUGCCUUAUGGCUAUUCUUGGUCCACCAAUUGUGUCUGCAAUUAUUGUGAUUGUGCAGCACACCAUAAUACCUGUCCAGCACCUAGUUAGCUUUGCUCUUAACUGGCUGAUGCUUUUGCUACGGAGCUUGGUUAUGCCGCUUCACUUCGAGCUGGUCUUGUUAGGUUACAGAGAAACUGGGGCCUUGUGUGCAAUGAAGGAAGUUGAUCUCAUUCCUGAUGAUCCAAAAUCUGCAGAAAGUAUAAAACAAUUGGAGGAGGUCCUUCCAGGUUUUAUUGAUGCCAAAGGCAGCUGAAGGCUAUAAGCGCCAUCCAGAAUAUAAAUGUUUAUGAUUCAUGUAUAACUAGCUAGGAAUGCUCUUGUUGGGUACAUUAUCUAGUUAAUUGAAUGUAUAGAUGUUUGGAUAAUGGUACUUGAAUUAUAU